AUGAUUAGCUUGAAGAAAGGGUAUAAGAAAAAUCGCCCUCGUCAGGGGGAAUCACAACGUCUUCAGAUCCUCCAGUGGAAUGCUGGAGGAAUGUCUCCGGACAAAAAGAUCCAAAUACAGAAAAUCCUACAAACCUAUGAUGUAGACAUUUUCACAAUUAUGGAAGCUAACAUUUCGGAUGACAAACUGAAGUACUACCGAUUCCCAGGUUACACCCUGUACAAUCUACCUAAAUACCGGCAAGUUGCAAGUGGAAUUCUAACUGGAGUAAAAGAUGGCCUCGCCUCACACUACGACCUAAUCAAGAGUAUGGGCUCGACACAAGACAAAUGUGAAAUAAUCAGAUUAAAUGUUUGGAAAUGUCAAAACCACUUCAAGAUAUAUGCAGUCUAUAAUCCACCCCAGAAUUGUCCCAACUUUGACAUUCUGAACAUCCCACACAAAACUAUACUACUAGGAGACUUCAACGCCCACUCCACCAGAUGGGGCUACAAGGAUACAAACAUAGCUGGAAAGGAAAUUGAAGACAUGUUAAACAGCAACCCUCUGGAACUUAUUUACAGCAANCCAAAAGCCAAGGAAACCAUGCUGACGCUUUAUAACAAAAUCUGGGAGACCAGUCUUGUACCAAACCAAUGGAAAGUUGCAAUUGUAAUACCAGUACUAAAAAGGGCAAUGACCCUAGCAACUUUGACAACUAUAGGCCUAUCUCCCUCACAAGCGUGCUGGCUAAACUUAUGGAAAGAAUGGAGUGAACAAGCAGGUUUUAGGCCACAAAGAUCAACGAACCAACAAGUAGCCACUUUCUCCCAACACAUCAAAGAUGCCCUUGAUGCACGAAAUACCCUUACGGCGGUUUUCGUCGACUUCAAAUCAGCAUAUGACUUAGUAUGGAAAGAGAAGCUAAUUCUAAAAUUGGCAAAGAUUGGUAUUAAGCAUAACAUGCUAAACUGGAUAAAAGCAUUCAUUGGACAAAGAUCGUGUAAAGUCAGAUACGGAAAUGCUCUAUCAAAAUCCAAUCUUUUGCAAACAGGCCUUCCACAGGGAGCUGUCACAAGCUGCACUCUUUUCAAUGUCUUCAUCAAUGACAUAGCCGAAUUGGUACAGACAGUCACGGGCAUCAAGUGCUUACUUUACGCAGAUGAUCUUGUACUAUGGUAUUCCGCCCCUAAGAAAAACGCUCAGGAGAGGACAGAAAGUGCCCUAAAUUGUGCACUUAAACUACUAGCAAACUGGUGCGACAACAAUGGAAUGUUCCCUAUUGACGUCUUCAAGGGUUCACCCAAUGCACCUUGUCAUCACUUCCUUUUUCCCUCUCGCAGAAUCCUUCAUAUAACGGUUAACUGGAAUCACGUGCAGUAUGUUAAUAUUUGUCCAAAAUGA